GUAUUCAGAGCGCGCCAAUGCCGGGCAAAUGCAAACAGCUUUUGGGUGUCCACGACCAUAUUUUAUCCUUUUUGAGAAAAUUAUCCUUAGUUUAUGUUAGUUGUGGAAACUGAAGGAAGAAGACACUGCUGUGUGAGUGUUUUUCAGUGAGUGCCGUAACCAUGGCAACGGCCACUAAGACCCCCCCGGGAGCAGAUCCCAAGCAGCUGGAGCGCACAGGGACCGUCCGAGAGAUCGGAUCACAAGCCGUGUGGUCGCUUUCCUCAUGCAAGCCAGGGUUCGGAGUCGACCAGCUGAGGGACGAUAAUCUGGAGACGUACUGGCAGUCCGACGGCUCUCAGCCACAUCUAGUGAACAUUCAGUUCAGGAGGAAAACAAUGGUUAAAAUGCUGUGUAUUUAUGCCGAUUAUAAAUCGGAUGAGAGCUACACUCCCAGCAAGAUCUCGGUCAGAGUUGGAAAUAACUUCCACAACCUGCAGGAGAUCCGGCAGCUGGAGAUGGUGGAGCCGAGCGGCUGGAUUCACAUCCCUUUGUUGGAUCUGGUGAACAAUCCCAUCAGGACCUUCAUGAUCCAGAUCGCCGUGUUGGCCAACCACCAGAACGGACGGGACACACACAUGCGGCAGAUCAAAGUCUACACGCCUGUGGAGGAGAGCUCCAUCGGCAAAUUCCCACGAUGCACCACUGUAGACUUCAUGAUGUACCGCACCAUCAGAUGACCCCAGCUUUCAUUUUUGCCUUCUCGUAAGACUGUUCUAGAAUUAAAAGCUUUCAGAUGUUUUUAAAUGUGUUUUGUAAAGAGAACAGUUCGAAGUUCAGUUUAUGUAAAUGCAAAUCUACAGGAAAUAAAUGUUGUUUUUGUUGAAAUUAACAAA